AUCGAGUUGUCGGAGGGGGGGGGGUGGUGGUGUGGGGAGAAGGAAAAUGAACGUGGUGUUUGCAGUGAAGCAGUAUGUGUCCAAGAUGAUCGAGGACAGCGGGCCGGGGAUGAAGGUCCUCUUGAUGGAUAAAGAAACGACCAGUAUUGUAAGCAUGGUGUACACCCAGUCAGAGAUCCUGCAGAAAGAAGUUUACCUCUUUGAGCGCAUUGAUUCUUCGAACAGAGAGACCAUGAAACACUUGAAAGCAAUCUGUUUCUUACGACCCACAAAGGAGAAUGUGGAAUACCUCAUUCAAGAGCUGCGGAGACCAAAAUACAGCAUCUAUUUUGUUUAUUUCAGUAAUGUGAUUUGUAAGAGCGAUGUCAAGUCACUGGCCGAGGCUGAUGAACAGGAAGUUGUGGCAGAAGUUCAGGAGUUCUAUGGAGACUAUAUUGCAGUGAAUCCACAUGUCUUUUCCCUCAACCUCUUAGGCUGCUGUCAGGGUCGCAACUGGGAUGCAGCCCAGCUAUCCAGAACCACUCAAGGGCUGACAGCUUUGCUUUUGUCUUUGAAGAAAUGCCCCAUGAUACGUUACCAGCUUUCCUCUGAAUCGGCAAAGAGGCUUGCUGAAUGUGUUAAGCAAGUAAUUACUAAAGAAUAUGAGCUGUUUGAUUUCCGGCGCACAGAAGUUCCUCCAUUACUCCUGAUUCUGGACCGGUCAGAUGAUGCUAUCACCCCACUUCUGAACCAGUGGACCUACCAAGCUAUGGUUCAUGAGCUGCUGGGGAUUAACAACAACCGUAUCGAUCUGUCUCGAGUACCUGGAAUAAGCAAGGAUCUGAGGGAGGUAGUUCUGUCUGCGGAGAACGAUGAGUUUUAUGCCAAUAACAUGUAUCUGAACUUUGCUGAGAUUGGCAGCAAUAUCAAGAACCUCAUGGAGGAUUUCCAAAAGAAGAAACCCAAGGAGCAGCAGAAGCUUGAGUCCAUAGCAGACAUGAAGGCCUUUGUGGAGAACUACCCGCAGUUCAAGAAGAUGUCAGGCACGGUAUCGAAGCAUGUGACAGUGGUGGGUGAGCUCUCCAGGCUGGUCAGCGAGCGGAACCUGCUGGAGGUGUCAGAAGUUGAGCAGGAGCUAGCUUGUCAGAAUGACCACUCGAGCGCACUCCAGAACAUGCGGCGGCUCCUGCAGAAUCCGAAGGUGACGGAGUUUGAUGCCGCCCGCCUGGUGAUGCUUUACGCUCUGCACUAUGAGCGCCACAGCAGCAACAGCCUGCCUGGGCUGAUGAUGGACCUCAAGAACAAAGGAGUUUCAGAGAAGUAUCGGAAGCUGGUGUCUGCAGUUGUGGAAUAUGGUGGGAAGCGCGUCCGAGGCAGUGAUCUUUUCAGCCCCAAGGAUGCUGUGUCCAUCACUAAACAAUUCCUCAAAGGACUGAAGGGAGUUGAGAAUGUGUACACUCAGCAUCAGCCCCUCCUUCAUGAGACGCUGGAUCAGCUCAUCAAAGGAAAACUCAAGGACAACCAGUACCCCUACCUGGGCCCUAGCACACUCCGUGACAGGCCUCAAGAUAUUAUUGUGUUUGUAAUUGGAGGAGCAACCUAUGAAGAAGCCUUAACUGUCUACAACCUCAACCGCACCAAUCCGGGCGUCCGCAUUGUGCUGGGUGGGACCACAGUCCACAACACAAAAAGCUUCCUCGAGGAAGUUUUGGCUUCUGGGUUCCGUGGCCGGAGCGGCGAGAGCUCUCAUGUUACGCCGAGGUCAAGCAGCAGACGGUGAACCCAGGAGGGAAGAGCACCGUUUCCCGUCUCGCCCGUCCGCCACUUCCUCAGACUGACCACGUGUUUGACAGCAGAGCUGGAGACUCCUACUGUCCAUCCUGCUGCCAGCUUGGUUAUUCCCAUCCACCAGGACAUGGGGAGGGACUCUUAACAUGUGCAUAAAGCCUUUAGGAAGUGAAUGACGUGGGCCUCAGACCUGGGGCUUGCAUGAAACGCAGCACUCUCAUUGCCUCUGCCGUGAGUCCUGGACCAACACAUGGAUGGAUAACCAGGAUUUUGGCUUGAGAUGGGACUUCACAGCCUCUCUCCCACUGGUGCUGGGGCAGCUGGGUUUAACACCUUUGAAAAUUAGCUCCUUCUCUGUCCGUUAGCAAGCACAUAAUUAGCCUGCUGCAGAGUCCACCAGUGUGUGUGUGUGUGUGUGUGUGUGUGUGUGUGUUGGUUCCUCCAACAGGAAGCCAGCUGUGAUGGACACUGGUAGCCUUGUCUGUAUAUUUUGAUGCUUAUUAAAUGCCCCUCUUGAACCAAAUUUCUAUUGUCUUUUAAAUG